UUAAAACUUCCAAACCGAACUUCGUCACCUUCUUCAUGUAUUUCGGAAAUAGCUUGCUUGAUUAGUUGUGAAAUUUCCUAGUUUGUUACGGCAGCAAACCGGGAAGGCAUUUUGCUCUCAACCUACGCGAGUUUGGCGUCGCUGGCUCGGAGGAACUGGAGGUGAAUCAGUGAAUAGUGCAGCAUAUUCACUGAUUGAGUAGCCAAUCAGAGCGCGCGAAAAACACUAUCCACUGUUUUAGUAUAUACUAAACACGAAUGUACACUGCGAGAUGGCAGAUUAUUCGUUCCCGCAUGAAAAAUCACAUGAGAGGGCUCAAAAUCGGCAUAGAUGCUAUCUAUCAUACAGUAAACACCCGCAUAUAAGAACAAAUGGAUUAAGAACACCAGGCUGAAAUUUGGCCAAUAAAGCCCCAUUUUUAUAAGAACAAGUUCAGCCUGAAAAUUGUAACAUUUUCUUAUAACAUGGACAAAGUGUCAUAAUUACAAAACAUGUAAGUUUAUGUUUGCUGUCAGAUAACUUCAUUUGUUAAUAUAAUCAAAUUACAGAAUAAUAAUUUAUUUAUUUUCCUAAAAUAUGCUAAAUAUACCUUAAGCAACAUGGUUUGGAUAGUAUUACUAAAUAAAAAUUUAAGAACAUUUUAGAAACAUUUUGAGGCUGAUUUGUCAUUAAGCACCCGAUAAAUAUGGACUCAAUCAGCCUGACCUCCCAAAUCGUGUGUUCUUAUAUGCCGGUGUUUACUGCACUGCAAAUUUGAUCGCCAGUCUUACCUGGGAACGAGCGGUUGUAGACCGAUUUCUUGGAGAGUUUUUUUGGGUCGAUAUGUUUAAUCAUAGAUUCUCCAAUAUACCGGGUUUCGACUUGUCCAAGCUGAGGCCAUGUCUUGGCGUUGUUACAGGCUGUUCAAGUGGCUCGUCGACUGUAGUGGUUUGGGAACCGAUUAUUUCUGACCUUUUGUCUAUUCUGUGACCACUUAGAGCGGAGAAGCGAUUGUCUGUUGUUGUUGUUGUUUCAAAAGGUGUUGCUCUUGGUCUAAUUGUUCGAAAAGUUUGAGUGCUCGGACUUUGCAUAUCAUUAACUGGAGCAGAUGAUUCAAAUUCUUUCAUUAACUUUCUCAUUUCUUCGUUUUGAGCGCGUAGAUCGUCGUUUUCUCUCUCUAGAGCUUCUUCUACUUUGGAUUGUAGUCCUUCGUAGGUGCUUGCGUUGAUUGCCUCUUUCAUUUUGUCUUGCCGUUUCACCAACUCCGUUGAAAAACCAUUGAUGUCCGCUCACUGGCUUUUAACCGCAUUCGUGACAUUUUCUAGUUUACAAAUGCUCACUAAAGUAUGGAAUAAUAGAUCAUCUUUGUCUGGUUUGAGAUAUCGAACCUCCUGGCUAAAUUGUCCCUCUGUUUCCUCAGGUUCGACAUUAAUACAUUGCUGUUGUAAGAAUUCAAUUGCCUCGUUAGACUAAAGAAGAUUUUGUAUAUUUGGUCAGGUUUUCCAUUCACAAGUCCUUUCACUUCUUCCAAAGAAUGAAGUAUCCUGGUUUUAGUUACUUUGGCAAAAGCAUAAAUAUUUUUUUCCUUUUUAGUAUCCAUUGAAGUGGAAAAAGCCAUGAUGUCAAGAAGAUUAUAAUUCGCUACCCUUCGAGCCUGCUCCGUUCCUUUAUAUACGCGCGUGCUACUACACAAAAACGGGCGAUUUUGAUGAAUAUGGCGAAUAUGGCAGAAAUGGCCCUAGCUAAUUUUCGGAUUUUUGGUAUUUUUGACAGAAUUGCCAUUUUCGUCAAAAAGGACCCUUUUAGCAAUCUAAUUUGAAUAUUCGCUAAAACCAUUGCAAUUUUUUCGCCAGAUGCGCCAUUUUUGUCGCAUUGCCAAAUUUGCCAUUUUUUGUCAAAAUCACCACCAUUAAAGGGGUCCCUUUGAACAUCUCAUUACAAGUUCGCCACAUCUUUGGCGAAUUUUCGCCAAAUUCGUCAUUUUCACCAUAUUCGCCAUUUUCAUCAAAAUCGCCACAAUUGAAGGGACCCCUUUUAGCAUCUCAUUAGAAGUUUCGCCGCAUAUUUGGCUAAUUUUCUCCAUAUUUGACGUUUUCGUCAAAAUCGCCAAGGGGCCCUUCCAGUUCAAAUUUCAAGUUUAUUACAGUAAUUUGUAAUUUACCAUCUUAUUUGACAUGUAGUUAAAAGGCUUUGACGAAUUCUUGUCAUAUUUGCCACUUUCAAAGGGCUCCUUUGCAUGUCAUUUGGAUUUUUGUUGAGACUUUGGCAGAUGUUCGCCAUAUUUGCUAUUGACACCAAAUAUGCCAUUUUCGCCAAAAACCCUCUCACGAUUUUUUAGCCAGAUUCAACAUUUUUGCCAUUGCUGGCUGCUUUUCCUAUUUUCGUCAUAUUCGCCACUAUCCAAUUUGAAUAUUUGCCAAACCUAUGCCGAAUUUUUGUGAGAUUCGCGAUUUUCGCCAGAUUCUCCAUUUCUGUCAGAUUUGCUUUUUUCGUCAACUUCUCUACUUUACAAGGAGCUCCUCUUGUGAUCUCAUUUAAGUAAUGAUCUGGGUAAGGCGGAAAACAAUUUCUUUUGUUAUGCGGCAACGGUGCUUUCCCCACAUAGGAAUGUUCUCAUUUUUACAAAGAGGAUGCAUAAACCUACAGGAAGGCCGUUUACGCAAUAAAAUGCAUUUACACUCCACUUUGAAAGGGUGUUUUUUUGUGUUAAAAGAUUUUGACCAAUCACAAGAGUUGAAAACAAUAGCCAAGAAAAGUUUACAAUUUUACAUGUUCCCCACAUAGGAUUUCUUUAUUAUUAAAACUGAGACCAGAUUUUGUUAUAUUGAAGAUAGUUGCAAAGUAAGGAUGGAUAUAUGUACCGCUUUAUGAAGUUUUGUUAACUUUUGCUGUUUACGCCAAUCAGAAUUAAAUACAGACAAUAGAAAAGUUAGCACCUUUUUUGCAUUCCAACAUGUUCGUUGCCGUUGUUGCUAUCGUCCUUAUCUGGACCCGUUGCUUAAAAAGUGGGCAAAUUUACAUUUCAUCAAAUUUUUCAAAUGCUUUCAUGUACAAUGCUCUAAAACAAAUAGCACCAUUCGAAAGUGCUGUUGGGGAGGUUUCAUACCUGUAUUACCGAGCCUGGCUUCAUCAUUCACCCUGGGAUUAAAAGGAUUAAAUAAAUAUGAUGUUCAUAACCAAGGGAAACUAGAAAAAGCGUUUAAAAAAUCGAGCAAAGUCCUUUCCCGCGGUGACCCAUAAUUGUUUUUGAACGGGAUAUAGCUCGUGACAUUCGCCAUUUGCACAUCUCCCGUAAUACACCUUGUUUCCCCUCCCUAAAUUUUGCAUAACCUUUGUUUUUCUUUUCUUAUUCAUUUCAUUUCCAGUCAUGGAAAACAUAUUGUGCGUGUUUUGGGUUUUUCUUGCUUCAUUAGGUAUCAGAUUAUGUUGAAAUGUUGGCGUUAUUCACCGACGCAGAGACCUACAUUUGAGGAACUGGUCAAAGAGUUCGAUGCUAUGUUGGUGUCACUAUCGGAUAAAGUUGACUCAGCACGUCAAUUGGAAGAGGUAUAAGUGGGUUCACUGCUUACUAUACUAAGGGCCUGUUUACAUGGAGGUAGGGGACCCCACUUAUCAUGUAAACGUGAUCAAAUUAAAAUGAGAGACUAUAUGGACAGGCGGGUUACCCCACUUACCUGGGGUCCCCUACCUCCAUGUAAACAGGCCCUAAGUCGGCCAAUAUAGGGAUCACAUACCGCAAGGGUGAGACAAAAGUUAUUUGAAGCCGAAUUUCUUUCGGAAAGUUGAUUUUCCGCAAGGAGAGAGUUACCGGCGCUCAUACCAGUCGGUUCUAAGUGUCAUUUGUUUAGGACGGAUAUAGUUGAGGAACUACAGGGUUCUUUUUUUCCCGGCGCAUUUUUCUUUCAUUAACGAAAAUGAACCCAUUCUGACUCCUGAAUCAGUGGGAUUACAACCUGUACAAAAAAUGAAAUAAGUAAUAAAUAAAUAGAAUAAUGAUAAUAAUAGUAAUAGUAAUAAUAACAAUAAUAAUAAUAAGUAUGACUUUGGCGCAGCAAAGACAUACUUACAGAGGCUAUCAAUCAUCUUGUCCAGCCCAUUGUCAGAUCAUGCAAAGGUAGUGGCGUCCAAUCAGUACGCUUUACCAGUAUUUACAUACUUGAUGUCGGCACAAACUUGGCCCAUGGCAAACAUUCAACAGCUUGACCGAGAGGGAAGAAAGAUCAUCGUGGAGAAAAUGGACGAAAUCACCCUAAAGGAUCGACAGCGAUACCGGCUCGACAUGUCUAGGAAGCUCGGUGGAAGAGGUCUCAAGUCCGUGGAGAGUGAAUACCAGAACACUAAGAUCAAAGUAGCAGUAAAGCUUUAUUGCAACGCUGACCCUACGAUGGCGGCCGUAAGAUCGUUUGAAGAGCUACCCGUACAGAAUGGACGCCACUCCAUGAUUAAAGAUGCUAAGAAGUGCGCAGAGGAGCUGGAUCUACAGUUGUGGUUAAACUUCCCUAAUCCAGGUGCUGUCGCCGACGGUAAAGAAGUCGAAGCUAAGAAGGUAAAGCAGGCAAUCAGUACUAAGCCCGCCAGCUGGAGAUACAAUUAACGGUAUCUGAGGAGAGAUGGCAAGGGAAGCUUAUCAAGAACAGAUGAGACGACGAGAAAGUUAAACUGGAGAAGUGCUUUGCGCGGCUUUCUUCAUGGAAGAAUGUCCCAACGCAUACCAUCGCUGGAGUACAAGAGCUUUACCAACAGCUUUCACCUACCAAGGUUUACUACAACAGGAAAAGAAAAUCACAAGUCACUGAUGAAAAAUGCCGCCUAUGCGGGGAUCCCCUGGAGAAUGUGCAGCACAUUCUGUCUGGCUGUAGUGCACUGGCACAGACUAAGUACCUGUAG